CCGCCGCGCAACCCCUUCUGCACCCUCGUACUUUCGAUCUCGGCAAAGCGAGGGUUUUAGGACUCCCUCGGGCUGUAUGAAUAAAGAGCCUUAAGUCUCCGGUAAAUGUAAACACCUUAUUCUAUAUGAGUUAAUGAAAAAAUCAAUUCAAAUAUCGCGAGGGCUAUGCCUUCAAUGGUUGUUUGGUAUUGACGUUAAGAUUAACAAUAAAAUGUAUUCUCAUAAAUCCUUUGGGACUUCGAGGAGUAUGUCAUACAGAGCAGCUUCACCAAACACCUCAGCAGAAAUACACGAUGGAUACACGGAUAAACAACAGGAACAGUACACUAAGUAUCUGAAAAAGUUAAAAACCGAAUUCCAAGAUCGCUGGUGUCAAAAACCAAAUUUCAGCAUCGAAUUCUCCGAUUUAGAACGCUUGAAAACACUCGGCUCGGGCGCUUUUGGCAGAGUGAUAUUGCUGAAACACUCUAAGAACAACAAAUUGUACGCGAUGAAAGUUUUAGAGAAAGAAAAAAUCAUUAAGAUGAAACAGGUCGAACAUUCACUUUACGAAAAGCGCGUUCUUGAAGCAAUCCGAUUUCCUUUUACGGUGUCGAUGGAAUGUAGUUUCAAGGAUAACAGCUACAUUUAUUUUGUCAUGCCCUUCGUGCCUGGCGGUGAAAUGUUCAUGCAUCUACGUCGAAUGAACAAAUUUGAGGAGCCAUUGGCGAAAUUUUACGCUAGUCAAGUUGUAUUGGCGUUUAAUAUCUUGCAUUUCUGUAAUUUGGUGUAUCGUGAUUUAAAACCGGAGAAUAUUAUGAUAGACAAGAACGGAUAUUUGAAAAUAACAGAUUUCGGUUUUUGCAAGGUUUUGCAAGGUAGAACGUGGACCCUGUGCGGAACACCGGAAUAUUUAGCUCCUGAAUUAAUACUAAGUAAAGGAUACGGAUUCUCAGUCGAUUGGUGGUCUUUUGGAGUGUUACUUUAUGAGAUGAAUGCAGGAUAUCCUCCGUUUUAUUCAAAUGAACCAAUGAAGACGUAUGAAAAAAUUGUUGCGGGCAAGUAUAGAUGUCCCUCUAGUUUUAGCUCGGACCUAAGAGAUCUAGUACGUAAUGUCCUCCAAGUGGAUAUAAGCAAACGCUUCGGCGUCAUGAAGGACGGAGUGCUGGACUAUAAGAACCAUAAGUGGUUCAAGGGAAUAGAAUGGGAUGCCAUUGUGAACUGUCGAGUUCAACCGCCAUUUGUGCCAAAAUAUAAAAACGCUUACGACACAGGCAAUUUCGAUAAAUAUGAAGAGGAGCCUAUUGUUCCGGCAUCUUAUUGUCGCUACGAGUCUGUAUUUAUUGACUUUUAGUUUACGUCAAGAUUCAGGAAUAUUGUUAUGGUAAUAAUAAAUGUAAUAUUUCUAUCAGAAUAGAGAAUAUGGGAAACAAUUACGUGUUUUUGUUUAUUUACGGGAACUUCGAGAUUACAAAUUAUUGAGCAUCUUUAUAAUGCGAUGAUAACACAAAAUUGGUCAUCAUUGUGAUGAUGUAUCACAGCAGUAGGUCAUUUGUUUGGAGUCAAUUUGAAUACAUAAUUGAGUACGUGCUCGAAACAUCCACUC